AUGUCACAAGUCAAAGCUUCUCCACCUCCACAAACACAAUCACCCUUCUCUCUCAGUCACAGUAACCAAGACUUGCACUCCACCCAUCGCAUAAUGACUCGUCGGGCAAGCCGAUCAGCACAAUCAAGUUCCACUCCUUCUACUACUAAGCACGACACUAUUCAGGAGAACGAUAUCACUGACUCGGAACCCAUCGGUCGUAUGACAACACGCUCUCGGUCAACCGACGUGAAUACCCAAACAUCAUCUUCUGCAGAGGAAUCCUCAUCCACCAACAAUACUACCACUACUCCAUCAUCCAAUGCAACCACCAAACGCCACGUGCGUACAAAAAGAGUGACAAAGCCAUCACCUUCCUCCUCCUCGUCUUCACCCACUAAUACAUCCAUGCGACGGAGGCGAGCUGCUGCAAACAAGGAUACGAAACCCGCUGGGAUGAUGAAUGCUAUCAAGCAACAAAGGCUAGCUGAACUUGAUGAGCUUGAGCAAUCUAUUUUGAAUGGAACACAUGAAGAGUAUCAAGAGCGUAUGGCAGAUGCAGAAAAGAAGCGCAUGGAUCAACGACGAAUCGCCGAACAACGGCGUCAUUUGGAGGAGGCUGAUAUUCGGCAUACAUUUGAUGCCUGUAAAAAGGCGGCUUAUGACCAAUUUCAUCAAUCUAAAGCUGCCUUGCGUAAACAAAUGAUCACCCAAGUCCAGGCUCAAAUUAAACGGCUUGAGGAGGAAUGGCAUUCUCGUCAAGGUUUCCCUGCCGACGACGAUCAGGAAAUUUUUGAUUGGGUGCCACCCGACCGACAGACUUCAAUUCAUAUCCUUUUUUUUGUGCAACCUAAUAUUAGCUCAGCAUACUUUCAGGCACCAUCAUCAUCAUCAUGUCUUUCCACCGAUGAGAUUAUGGAUGAUUUGAAAAUAGCCACCGCUGUACCUUACUCCUGA